CAGUGAGUUUGACAGGAACGAGGUUACGCGAACAGGGUCACUGAGGUCAUGCACGUGUGUCUGUGUUGAUUUCCCAAAUUUUUAGUUGACCAUUUCUGACUUAGAAUUAACUUAGAUUCUCUAGAAAACGACUCAUGGCCACCGACUCGGGUAUAAGUGGCUACGGGUCUCAUCUCCAGGCCAAGUUUGUCACCAGGCAAGAACGCUACUCUGUUGGUGACUCUCCAUUCUCCGUACCUGCAUCUGUAGGGAUUCCAGAGCUGAGUUCACUCAUCAACAAACUACUCAAUCGAGAUUCUGAGGAUGCUCCUGCUGUUGACUUUGACUUCCUCAUUCAUGGCGAAUUCCUGCGUGUGGCCCUGGGCAAGCACCUGGAGGAAAACGGCAUCUCUACGGAGAGUGUGGUUGAGAUUGAGUACUUGGAGAAACACCCAGCCCCUCAACCUGCGGGCAGCAUCCUGCAUGAUGAUUGGGUCAGCUCAGUACAAACAGCCAAUCACAGGAUAGUGACAGGCUCUUACGACAACGCCGUCAGGAUAUGGACACAAGACGGAGAGAAUCUGGUUGUAAUGCACUACCACUCUGAUCCAGUCAAAACAGUGGCUUGGAUACAAACAGAUGAUUCAGAGAGUCUGUUAGUGAGUGGCUCCAUGGACCAGACUUUACUGAUCUGGAGAUGGAACGAGACGACCCAGAAGCAUGAAUGCCUACACUCAUGCAGAGGUCAUGCUGGCAGUGUGGAGAGUGUGGCAGUAGACCAAUCACAUACAAAGAUUGCAAGUGGUUCAAUGGAUUCAAUGUUAAAAGUCUGGUCAGCAGUUCCUGGCGGUGACGAUGAAGAAAUUGAUGAAACCCAUCACAAGAAAGCCAAGACAGAAGUGCACAAACCACGCACCAGGACGCCGCUGAGAACGUUUGAUGGUCACAGUCAGGGCAUCUCGUCCCUCGUGUGGUUAGAUGAGCGGAGCCUGUGCACUGCAUCGUGGGAUCACACCAUGCAGUUAUGGGACGUGGAACAGGGUGAACAUGUCUCAACAUUGACUGGGAAUAAAGUGUUUCUGAGCGUAUCCUAUUCACCACACUGUAAGCUGCUUGCUACUGGCAGUACAGACAGACACAUACGACUAUGGGAUCCUCGACAAAAAGAUGGUGUUUUAGUGAAGUCUUCCUUGACGCAUCACCAUGGCUGGGUGUCCUCUGUUGAUUGGUCUCCUGAUAAUGAAAACCUUCUCAUAUCCGGCUCAUACGACAAGACGUUGAAGUUGUGGGAUACAAGAAGUCCACGGGCGCCCCUGUACAACAUGUCUGGAUUGGAUGAUAAAAUAUUUGCAGUGGAUUGGUCGCAAUCUGAGCUACUACUGUGUGGCGGUGCUGAUAAUGCCUUACAUAUAUUCAAGGCAGCCGAGGCAUUGCAAGCAGCUGAGAGUUAAUCACAAUGCAAAUAGGACUCUACUCAAACUACAUUGCAUAUCACAUUCUGCAUAGGAAGUUGAACUGCAUUGGAGGGUCGUGGCAAGAGAAGUGUUUUUAGUGGUCGUCAAUUUUCCUUUUUGGUUCAACAGCAGUUGUCGAGGAUCAGUACUCCUACCCAACCCAAACUGUUUGAGUUUUUACUGUGUAUAGAGAUUGAUGUUAUUUGCUGAUUUCCAGUGCAGGUUGCAUCUGAAGAAACCAUGAUCAAGUGCAUUAAAAGAAAAAAACUGUAGGAAUGAUUGUAUCCUUUAUUACCUUGCUUGUCAAAGUAAUGAAACUUUAUACAGGAUCAAAAAAAAAAAAAUUAUAAUGUUUUUUGUAGUGAAGUAUUUCAAUGUAAAAGCUGCAUAGAACAUGUAAGUUUCAUGCAAUUUUUUUAGGGCCUGGAUAGCAUCAGUAUUUAAAAUGAAAUCUAGAAUCUCCAUCCCAAAAUUUGAAAACAAUCCCAUUUCCUGUUUAUCUUUUUUUUGCCCCCAACGAGCAGGUUUUUGGUAAUGAUUUUUAAAAUAUUGCAGAAAAUGCCAUAGUUAAGUGUUAUAUUAUUACUCUUAAUGCAUUGUUACAGCAUCAAGAUAUGGAUAUAAAUUGGAAUGGUAUAUAUUUAAGUUCUCAACCAAAAAAAAAAUUAAUUAUCUUCGGUUGUUUUAGUUCAUUUGGAUAUUACGCAUGAUCAUUUCUGGACACUGUCAACAAAGCAAUGUUGUGUCUUACACAUCGAUUUCUUCAGUUUUACUCGGGAUGGUUUACCAUCAGCGUAUCCAAGGUAUGUCCGAUAGAAUAGCAGGGUGCUGUUUGAUUUAGGUAAAACCAAAUAGCGCCCUGCUAUUAUGUCAGCCAUACCUCAAAAUAAUAGGCAAAUUGGAUCUGUGUCGGCGGCCAAAUGGAGUUAGUGAUCUCAAAGUACAAUCAACUGUUUUCUGACAACAGAGACCCAUUAAAUAUUAAUAUUAAGUAUGAUCAAUUUAUUGUCACACUGUUGACAAGUUUUAUUAUUAACUGUACAAACCAGCUAAUAUUUACAUCCAAUAAAAAGCUAUCUGUAUAACAAUGUU